AUGGCGCGCGGUAAGCCGGGUGAGAAGGUGGGAAUACCGACGACAUACUCACUUCAUAUGUUUGAUUUAUCAAGAAUGCCUUUCAUUCUGAUGUACUACACGGAAGAAUUAUUUUUCUUUCCCGUACCUCUAGCCUGGAGAGACCGCAAACGUGGCACAGAUGAAUUAAUUUCCUUGCCCGUGCACUUUACGAGCUAG